AUGACGCAAAACGCCACAUUUACUAAGUAUCUAGCGUCAGUCAGUCUCCUAUUCACGGUUUCUAGAGCGCCGAGAUAUUUCGGUAUUCUCCAAGAUCACAGAGGUCAGCCGCUCUCUGUUGAAGUGUCUGAGGAAUAUAUGGACCAAGACUACAUCGCUACCAAUAGAAAGAGGCAUAAGAUAGACUGGAAUAAAAAUCCUUUGGAUAUGGAUGACUUCGAUGAUGAUGAGACAGAAGAAAUUUUAGAUGAAAAAGAUAAGGAUGUUAAAUUACCUAAUAAAUUUAAUCUACAAGCUGGACCUGUUUGACAGGAAAAAAAUGUAUAUACACGUUAA